GUGUUAUACUUCGGAGUGUGUGAGAACUUGUUUUUUUUUCUAUUGUAAAAGUAACAGAAGAAGGUCGUCUGCAUAAAUUGGUUUGACUUUUUUAAUUGUAAUUUCCGUAUCCGUAGUCAGUUGUAGCUACGGUACAUAGACGAUUAAGACGAUAAGGGCGGGUAAUGGUGCAUUGCGUGCCUGCUUGGUAGCGCUUUAUUAUCAAAAAUUUUGUUAUCUUUAUAAGCGAAAAGAAUAUUAAAAACCAGGUGUAUAAUUUAUCCGAUUUAGUUGUACCAAUCCAUUGAACUUGAAUCCAUCAACAAAGGUAGCAUUGAUUACACAUGCACUCAGACAAGAACAAUCAGCUGUUGGCCAGGCUUAGGGAAGGCUUGUUGAAAUCGUCAAUGGCAUCGAGCAAACCGGUAGGCUUCAGGGUGAGAAUAUCACUAAUGCAGUCAAGGAGCGCGUUGAGAGUAGAUAACCCCGUGCUAUGGUGCGGAGGAAUACAUUCCACCAGAGGGUAAAAGUGUGCGUAUCGUAACAGGAAAAGUAAGCAAACGGUAACGAUAUCACCUAAUCAAGCUGCUUUCGUGGCUGCACGACUUACAAAUGGAUUCCCUAUGGACGGUACGCACUCGCGAGCAAUUCCGGCAGGAUUUUCCUCAAUGGUUGAUUAAUGUGCGCAAUCCUGUGGAGCUCUUGAUGCUGCAACCGUCUUAUAUCAUCAGUCAAGUGUUUUGCAUCGUUGGCGCACUUUUGUGCUUAGGACACGCAUUAUACCGGCGUGGACGAUGGCCGUUUCUGUGGCUAGGCAGUGUUCUCAGUGGAAUGUUGAUCGAAGGUAGUUUGUACUUUUCGCCGUACGGUGAAACAAUCUGGUUCAGCCCAACCGCGAUUGAUCUGUUUGGCCAAAGGAUACCCAUCUUUAUAUUUUUCGUAUAUCCAUUUUUCUACUAUCAAGCUUUUUGGGCGGUUUCAAAGCUGCGGCUUAAGUGUCGCUGGUCUGAGCACAUCGCCGUCGGGAUGCUGGUAGCGCUGUUUGAUAUGCCCUUCGACAUGAUAAGCAUCAAGUUUCUACACUGGACACUGCACGAAACAGAACCGAUGCUAAACGAAAGGAUCUACUCCGUCCCCUGGACACUGUUACUGUUCUUUGCCAUUACUACGUUUACAUUUUCCUACUUUUUUCACAAUCUACGCACAUGGAUGGACCAUUCAACGCAUAACCGUUGGGCAUCUGGACCGAUUCGGACGGAACUGGUGGUAUCAGUGGGGGCCGCCAGUCUUUCACUAUCUGUCGGAUCCGCUUUGUUCCUGGGAAUCAAUUAUUCGCUACACACCAUACUCGGCAUUCCGCACAGCAUCGUCGUCGCCGGUGUGUUCAUUUCCGUAUUGACCAUCUUCUGGAAGUUUGAUCGAAAAAGCAAUCGAAGUUCCUCGCCCAGCCAAACGUUUAUGGAUCACAUACUGAACGGAUACAUUGUGGGACACUUUCUACUUUACCUGGGACUGGCGAUAGCUCUCAAUCCCCUACACUCCGUGUCGCCUGGGAGGCAUCAACCGAUGGGCAAUUGUUACAAUAAUACUUCCUCAAGCACAGAACUCUGUUUAGAAACGUUAAAUACGAGUUAUUAUGAUUUUCAUUGCGUCUCAAAACCACCGAACGAUGGAGCAUAUUGGUAUACGAUUUGUGGCACACCGCACGAGAAUCGACCAGAGUUCUUGUAUGUAAUGACUGUAAUCACGUUCAUUGCCUCACUCGUACAUUGGACGACCCAUUAUGACUUCCCACCCGAGCCUGCCGAUCUAAUCCUUCUUUAAAGACUUUGUAUGAUAUUGUUAGUCUAAUUUAUUGUGUACGCAAGCACGUGUAAUUUUUUUUUUAUUUAUUUAAAAAUGUAUAACUUGUUAUCUAAUUGUGCUUGUCCAACACAAAAAAUAUAGUAACAAUGUAAAUACAUAAGUUUAUUAAUAAUUAUUAUUUGUUUAUAAAAAAAUCGUCAUCAAAAUUAACCAUGCCGCAAAAUGAAUUUUCCUUGGGCGCUUGUGUGUCAUCUUAUGGACUCGGUGCCACAAUACACCCAAGUAAAAGAUGCUAGUUUAAACAGAAAAGGCAAAACAAAAUGUACAAUUUAUUCCGUAAACAAAAUAUAUGCAGCUACACCUAUCAACACAGCAACAA